AUGGCUUCGUGCAUGUGCAACAUCCUUCCUUUGCCGCGAAAAGCGACGUCAGGCCCUGUCGACCCGCACCUGCCGACAAAGUAUCAUCCUGGCAAACAGGACAUUUACCUGCUCGGCAUCAGCAUUGGGAUCGGCGGCCAGUACUUUGGCUGGAACAGCGGUGUCUCCGCUGGCAUUUACUCGUUCCUCAUCGCUUAUCUGCUACUCGCAAGCGGCUACAUCACGCUGUGUAGCUGUCUGGGCGAGAUCAAAGGUGCGCUGCCCUUCGCAGGCGGCGCGUACGGUCUGGAGCGAUGUACUCUAGGCUUCUACCCUGCCUUCAUGAUCGGGUGCUGCGACGCACUGGAAUACACCGCGUAUGUGUCGGCGGGGGUGUUGUCCUUCACGGACCUCUUGGCCGAGGUGAUCCCAGCGAUUCUGGACUAUCGACCGGCGUUUUGGGCCAUCUUCUACUUGGCCGCGUUAGCGCUCAAUAUCAAGGGCGACCGCGCGUUUUGGAUCGUGAACCGCUGGCUCGGAGUUGCGUCUCUGGUCGUGCUGCUGGUGUUUUGCAUUGGGUCCCUUCCGUACGUAAAGUUCGCGAAAUACGCUGCAGACUCGGACGUUGCAGGUGUCGGAGACUUCAAAAGCUUCAUGAACUUCUUCAUUGGCGUCGAAUCUCUGACGCUAGCUAGCGACAAUAUUGAAAACCCCAAGAAGAUCAUCCCUACAGCUCAAGCGUCCUGUAUUGCGACGCUGGUGGCGACGGGGUUAAUGGUCUUCUUCGUGACGAUCUCGCUGCCACCUGGAGUCGGUUCACUUACUGCUGAGGCUUUCCCAUUCUGCAGAGGCUUCCAGCUCCUCUUCAACACUUCGCACCAACUCACAAGCGUUUUCUCAAUGCCAGCGACUUUCGCCUCGGCUUUCGGCUUCAUGUGGUGCUACGGGAAGCUCAUCUACGCCAUGUCGGCGUCCCGCCUCCUGCUUCCGGUCUUCGCGUACAGCACAAAGCCGAAUGAAAUGCCCUACGCAGCGCUGCUGCUCGGAUCGGUCUGCAGCUACGGCUUCUGCAUCAUCAUGUACAUUUUCCCAGUACUAACAGCCGAGCUUUUCCGAGUUUGCAUUUUAUCUGCGUCUGUGUCGUACACGGGCCAAUGCGUCGGCUACAUCUCGCUCAAACGCAACUACAAAAACAUCAAGAGCUCGUCGUUCUCAAGUCCUUUCGGGGUUGGAGGCGCCGUCUACUCCAUGUUGGUGUGGAUUUUCACUGCUAUCGCUCUGAUCGGGUUCCAAGAUGACAACGGGGUGGCGCUCAUCGCGUUCCUGCUAAUGGUGCUGGCCUUGUCGACGUACUACUUCGGUUGCGCGCGGAAGCAGCAGACGUUCUGGGCCCAGGAGAACAAGGUCAUGCUCAUCGCGCACGUGACCAAGUUCAACAUCAAGAAGCUGGCAGCAAGUCGGCAAAAGCGAACCAGCCACGUGCAUCUGUUUACAACGAGCCGGCGGACACGCACUGAGACUUCGCACCCUGAGAGGUCCAAGCGGGUUGUGCACGUUUCUUCGGCAAAGAAGAGCUCUUUCCGCUAA